GAUUGGCCAGCAGCACUUCAGUAAACCAUCAGCUUCCUGGUUAUCUGCAAAUGGACAAAUAAACUUGUUUUUAAACCUGUGCUACGGUGGGAAACUCUGGCUUCAUUUGACUGGGGAUCACCAUGUCACCCAGAAGCGGCUGGAGCCCGGUUCUGCUCGUCGUGUUCUGUCUUUUUGUAACUGUAUGUUGUAAGUUUCCUACCCUAGACCACAUCAAACCGAAAGCCAGCGACAAGACUCAGGGGAGAGCAGUGGUCGAGCUGCUGAGACGCCUGCUCGGGACCAGAUCUCCUGAGUUCCUAGUGUCAGUCAACAGGAGCCUUUCCAACGACAGCCUAGAUGUGUGUGAGCUCAGGUCUUCUAAAAACAACAAGAUAUUCGCUACGGGCAGCACCGGAGUGGCAGUGGCUACUGGCAUUUACAACUAUUUGAAAUAUUUCUGCAACUGCCAUGUUUCCUGGUCUGGUGACCAGCUGGACCUGCCCCGUCCUCUGCCGAGGCUCACCGGCGUCCUGCGCAUCAACACCCGGCACAGGUUCCGGUAUUACCAGAACGUCUGCACUUUUAGCUAUUCCUCUGUGUGGUGGGACUGGCCAAGGUGGGAGAGAGAGAUCGACUGGAUGGCACUCAAUGGAAUCAAUCUGCCGCUGGCUUUCACAGGACAAGAAGCCCUGUGGCAAGAGGUCUACCGAGCUCUUGGGUUAAAUCAGUCGGAGAUUGAAGAGUUCUUCUCUGGCCCGGCGUUUCUCGCCUGGAACCGAAUGGGAAACGUUUUCAAGUUUGGUGGGCCUCUGCCACAGUCCUGGCAUGUGAACCAGCUCUACCUCCAAUUUAAAAUCUUAGAGCGAAUGAGAUCCUUUGGCAUGACUCCUGUGCUGCCAGCCUUCUCCGGGAACAUUCCCAAGGGAAUCCUCAGGUUGUAUCCGGAAGCCAAUGUAACCAGAUUGGGGCCUUGGGCUCACUUCAACUGCAGCUUCUCAUGCUCCUAUAUCUUAGACCCUCGUGACCCACUUUUCCUCCAGAUCGGUUCCCUCUAUCUGUCCCAGGUGGUGAAGCAGUUUGGUACAGAUCACAUCUACAACACUGACACCUUCAAUGAGAUGACUCCCCCCUCCUCUGACCCCAGCUACCUGUCUGCAGUCAGUCGUUCUGUCUUUGCCUCAAUGACCGCAGUUGAUCCUCAGGCAAUUUGGCUGAUGCAAGGCUGGCUGUUCUUCAGUGACGCAGCGUUCUGGAAGCCAGCCCAGAUUCAGGCCCUACUACACGGAGUGCCCCUCGGAAGGAUGAUCGUGCUGGACCUGUUUGCAGAGACCGAGCCAAUUUUCUCCUACACAGAGUCUUUCUAUGGACAGCCCUUCAUCUGGUGCAUGCUGCAGAACUUUGGGGGCAACAGUGGAUUCUUUGGCACUGUGGAGAGCAUCAAUUCAGGGCCCUUCAAAGCCUUACAUUUCCCAAACUCCACCCUGGUGGGCAUCGGCAUGACACCUGAGGGCAUUGAGCAGAAUCCUGUGACGUACGAGUUGAUGAGCGAGCUGGCUUGGCGCAAGGAGCCGGUCAACUUGUCAAAGUGGGCGUCGCUAUAUGCAGUACGCCGCUACGGCAGCACACAAGAGAACCUGACCGCUGCAUGGAGGCUCCUGUUCGCCAGCGUCUACAACUGCACAGUGCCACAUUACCGAAACCACAACCAUAGCCCACUGGUGCGCCGGCCUUCCUUUCGCAUGAAUACUGACCUUUGGUAUGACCCGGCUGAUUUGUACAAAGCCUGGAAACUGAUUAUUGAGGCAGCUCCAUCUCUCAUGUCCAAGGAGACUUUCCGGUACGAUCUUGUGGAUGUGACUCGGCAGGUCCUACAAGUCCUGACAACUAUCUUUUACCAGGAUAUCGCAGAUGCCUUCCAGCACCAAAAGCUGCCGGAGCUGCUGACCGCCGGUGGGGUGCUGGUCUAUGAUCUCUUGCCUGAACUCAAUCGUUUGCUCAGUAGUGACCGCAACUUCCUGUUGGGGACGUGGCUGGAGCGGGCCCGGUCUUUAGCCCUAGAUGAGAAGGAGGCACAGCUCUACGACAUGAACGCCAGAAACCAGCUCACUCUAUGGGGUCCCAGUGGUGAGAUCCUGGACUACGCCAGCAAAGAGUGGGGAGGCCUUAUGGAGGACUACUAUGCCCAGCGAUGGGGCCUUUUUGUUCAUACUCUGGUAGAGUGCCUGGACAGCGGUCAACCAUUCAAGCAGGACGCCUUCAACCAGGCAGUUUUCCAGGUAGAAAAAGGGUUCAUUUACAACGGCCGAAGGUACCCAACCAAGCCUCAGGGAGACGCGUACGAGAUCGCCCACAGAAUCUUCCUCAAGUACUACCCACAGGCCUUGAAGAGACUAGAGUGAGCAGAGACUACAUUUUGAAAAAAACUUGUCUCAAGUCGCAGCAAGAAGAAUGUCUUCCUCCACCUCUGAUUUCCAUGGCUAUCCCAAAACAUCGUAGAAAAUCUAACCAACUCAAUCUACAGGACCAAUCUGUUUGCACAUGUAGUCAAAUCAGUGCUGGAUAGUUGUGCAUGUGGCAGGGGGAAAAGAGUUUUCACACAUCACUUGAGUUUUCAUGAGAUGUUUUGGAUUCCACUGCUCUUAAAGAACUAGUUCAACAUUUUUGGAAAUACACAUAUUUACUUUCCCAGAGUAAAAUGAAAAGAUGGAUUUAUAUCCCAUGCCUGUGUGUUAGGUAUGGAGCUGGAAUCAGGAUGUGGUUAGCCUAGCUUAGCAUAAAGACUGGAAGCAGGGGGAAAUGGAAUAGCCUGGCUCUGUCCAAAGUACAAAACAAGACUAAAGUGGUGUUAUUUACACAGUGUAUAUUGUUUGAUUACGUGUUGGAACUAUUUCUUAACGAACAACCGUGUAUCCAUCCGCCCCACGCCGCUGUGCUGCAUCUCUUACUAUAGCUGGGGUUCAGUGGACUCAGGUUCUGGUCUCUGUGCAGACACCACGGUGCUGUCCAGUUAUCUGGCUGUUUUUAAAUCAGUAACUGACUCGAUCUUGAAAACAACUUAGGAUGACGACCAAGGACACGGUGACAACUCACUGCUUCUCCAGGUUUAUUUAAUUUUCAUAAAUAAAUUUAUAUACAAGGAGUUUGUAGGUAGGUAAUUAGGUUGAAAACCUUUUUAAAUGGAAACAAAGAGAAAACACACACAGUUAGCUCAUUGCUGAAAAGUAAUAAUGUCAUUAGCAUCUAAAUAAACAAUCAGAAGCAAACUUAGUCUUUGAAUAAUUUACAAAGUAAUUAAACACCUCAAUAUAAAUCAAUAUUUUACCGCACCAUAUUGAACCUGAGCACACAAACAAGUUUCAACAAAAUGAAUCCGGUUAAGCAACCACAUUGCUACAAACGUCUUAAGACAGCUACAACUUCAUAAGACAUGAAAAACAAAGCGUACGGCUCAGAAACGAAAUGUGCUUUUUACUUUCUCUCUUAAAUUAAUCCUUUGGUUUCAGAAUCCCCAGAAUAUAAACAAAAAUGCUCACUUACCAAUACUCUGAAGUCUCCUGCACACUGAUGCACCCUUGCAUUUGUCUACUCCUCUCUCUCGCUGCACGGCUGUCGGCACUAACCGCGCUCAUGAAGCCAGCGUCUUUUGUCACCAUUAAACAUUAAAAUACUUUUUUCCGUUCAUGUACAGGUAAACAAAGUGUUAAUUAAAAAGCUUUAGAGGUGUUGGCAGGGUAGAUGUAUUUUGUAAUACUUUGGACAGUCAGACUAGCUGUUCCCUCUGCUUCCGGUCUUUAUGCUAAGCUAGGCUAACCACGUCCUGACUCUACUCUCACGGGAUUAGUACCAUCUGGGGACCCCCACACACACCUGAGUUUUGUGUGGCGCAUUCGCACGGGAUUAGCGAGGCCUGCUUUUACUUUAUUUUCCUGACCUGUACCCAGAGGGUUGGGGGUCGGGGUUCCAUAUCUUUUUUGGCCAGGCCCGGUAGGGGUUACCAGAGGUGCAUACCUUAUCAGGAUUAAGAUCACUGACAACCUCCGUAAUUAUUACAAAUGACUAGAGGUCACCAGGUAAUACUGGUCCUGUGUGAAUAGGGCUUUAUUCUGUGGUUAAUACACAGACAUGAGAUUGAUAUCCAGCGGAACACCUCCCUCGCAUAAAGGAAGCACAAAACAACAUGUUUGACUAGUCCUUUAAAUCCGAGGCACUACACUGUAACUGCUGGUGGACGUUGAAAUGUUUGACUUGCAGGAAACCUUUAGCAAUUAAUGAGAUGGCAUUUUCAGACACUGACACUAUUCAUGCCGAUCAGUUUGAAGUCAAUCUGAAUAUUGUGCCUUAUUCUGAGCUAAUUGAGUGUCAGGCUGUGUGCUUCAUAGCCAUUGCACUAAUUAGCAUCAGGACAAGUGGUCUUGCAUAGUUACAAAACAAUGUGGAUGACUCUGAUCUUGCAUAACAAUUUUCUACUUAAUUUACAAUUUCAUGCUUAUAUGGUGCGUGUGAGUGGACCGUUAACCAGUGAGUUUCUGUACAGGUUUAUUAACAGAGGGAUUUCUUGAAUGCUGAGUAAUUGCUAUUACAAAUUGGCUCAUGGUGCACCGUAGCAGAUCACUUCAUGUCUUCUUCCAAGUAUUUUUCCUUUUUACAGAAUAUAUUUUUAUUUUUAUAUGAAAAUUAUAGGUGUUAAACUAAGACAUUUCACAUGUACAACAAUCACUUUCUGGAAACAAAUUGUCUAUUUUUAUGAGUCACAUUUAGUUUUGAGAUUUUUCUUUUUGAUAAAUUGUACUUUUAGUUAAGGAUAAUCAAAAUAUGUUGAGAGAAUAAUGAUUAUUUUUUUUAGUAUUUAGCAGUAUUUUAGCAAUCAUUACAUUAACACAGCUUACAUUCAUAAUGUGCCAAGAAACACAACAUUGUACAAUAUUAGUUUCUUUAUUGUAUAAAUGCUAUUUUUGUAUUGUGAUGAAUUAAGCUGUUGUGAUUCUUCAACUCAGGCAUGUCAUAAGUCUUAAGGCUAUGUGACUAAUAAUACAAUGAUUUCAUGCUCCA